GCCCCCGGUUCCCCCCGGUCCCGUCGGGCGGCGCCUGUGGCGGGCGGAGGGGAGUUUCCAGGAAGUGGCCAUAUUGGAUCCAUUCAGCCGCAUCCACCCGCGGCGGGGACAGCCGCGCUCCCGCCGCCGGAGCCGCGCCAGCCCCGGCCAUGGCCGCCACCGACCUGGAGCGCUUCUCGAAUGAAGAGAAGAGGAACCUCUCCCUGGGGGGCCAUGUCGGCUUCGACAGUCUCCCGGAUCAGCUGGUCAGCAAGUCCGUCACCCAGGGCUUCAGCUUCAACAUCCUCUGCGUGGGUGAGACCGGCAUUGGGAAAUCCACACUAAUGAACACCCUCUUCAACACCACCUUCGAGACGGAGGAGGCCAGUCACUACGAGAGCGCGGUCUGCCUGCGGCCACGCACCUACGACCUGCAGGAGAGCAACGUGCACCUGAAGCUGACGAUCGUGGAUGCCGUCGGCUUCGGGGACCAGAUAAAUAAGGAUGAAAGUUACAGGCCGAUAGUGGAGUACAUUGAUACGCAGUUUGAAAAUUACUUACAAGAGGAGCUGAAGAUCCGGCGCUCCCUCUUCAACUACCACGACACCAGGAUCCACGUCUGCCUCUACUUCAUCACCCCCACCGGCCACUCCCUCAAGUCCCUGGACCUGGUCACGAUGAAGAAGCUCGAUAGCAAGGUGAACAUCAUCCCCAUCAUUGCCAAAGCAGACACCAUCUCCAAGAGCGAGCUGCACAAGUUCAAGAUCAAGGUGAUGAGCGAGCUGGUCAGCAAUGGGGUGCAGAUCUACCAGUUCCCCACGGAUGAUGAAGCGGUCGCUGAGAUCAACUCGGUGAUGAAUGCUCAUCUGCCCUUUGCUGUGGUCGGCAGCACGGAGGAGGUGAAGGUUGGGAACAAGCUGGUGAGAGCUCGGCAGUACCCAUGGGGAGUGGUGCAAGUUGAGAACGAAAGUCACUGCGACUUCGUGAAGCUGCGGGAGAUGCUGAUCCGGGUGAACAUGGAGGAUCUCCGGGAGCAGACUCACACCCGCCACUAUGAGCUCUACAGGAGGUGCAAGCUGGAGGAGAUGGGCUUCAAGGACACAGAUCCUGACAGCCAGCCCUUCAGCCUCCAAGAAACGUACGAGACCAAAAGGAAAGAGUUCUUGGGAGAGCUCCAGAGGAAAGAGGAAGAAAUGAGACAAAUGUUUGUUAACAAAGUCAAGGAGACGGAGGCAGAGCUGAAGGAGAAGGAGAGAGAGCUGCAUGAGAAGUUUGAGCACUUAAAGAGGAUACACCAGGAGGAGAAACGGAAGGUGGAGGAGAAGAGGAGGGAGCUGGAGGAGGAGAUGAACGCCUUCAACCGGCGGAAAGUAGCGGUGGAAACCCUGCAGUCCCAAUCCUUGCAGGCUACCUCACAGCAGCCGCUGAAGAAGGACAAAGACAGGAAAAACAGAUCAGUAAUAACAGGAAGCCAAUCAGGAGUCUGCCUCUCCAGCUCCAAGGUGAUGAUCACCAAGGCCAAUGUGGAGCCCUUAAACUGCAAUAGCUGGUGGCACGCCAUACAGUGCUGUAGCUGUCUGGUCAAGAGCGCGACGUGGAGGGAAGGAUUUCUCUGAGGCAGCCCCUGUAAUAGAUGGGGCCAGUUGGACAUCACCAUGGCAUGGAACUGGAGAGAAGAGAAAGUAUAUAUAUUAACCCCCCCCUGAGGUCAGUGGACUUUGUAUGUUUUCCUAUGUUAUCAAUCAGAAGUACAGACUAAUUCCAUUUCAUAUCAGGAAACCUAAAGGGUUCCCCCCACACCUUACUUUUUUGGGUGUUUUGUGUUUGCACUUGCCAACCAUUGAACUGGGUUGUUUCUUUUUUCUUGAGCUUAAAAUGAAUGUACAAGGUCUGUGUUUCCUGACGAUUUCUGAAGUGUCUGCAUUCGCCAGAUUGCUAUCCAGAAGAUUAAAUUCAGGCCAGCAGAUAUGAAUAGAAGCAGAUAUAGAACCUAUAACAGCGACUGCACUCUGAAUUUACCAAGGAAACAAGCACCUAAAAAGGCAGUUUUCACAAUCAGCAGCCUAAGAUGGCUUUAUAUUUGCACAUAACCUUAAGAAAAGGGAUCCAGGAUGUGUUUGUAUCACAUAAUUUUUGCCUUACUCACACAUGAUCGUUUCUUGAAGACAAAAUUUAAUUGUUUCUAUCAAAUGUUUAGUACCCGCAAUGUGAACUAAGUGCCAGAUUGGGGUAGUCUCAUUGCCUGAACCAGGGGUGGAUCAUGAGCGGGAUGAAAAGGAAAAUGGUUUAAGAAAAACCUGUGUGUGAAAUGUAGCAAAACUCUUGACAGCUUUCUAUGUACAGUAUUAAUAGAGGGAAAUAGGUAGAAAUAUUUUUGCAGUGUGUAUUUAAGAAAAUAAAAAUGGCAUAUAGUGGUGCAUACGAGAAUCUUUUUAAUGUCUGUUUUAGUUAUCCUUUAAAGAAGGAAGAUGUUCUUUAUAAAGAAGAAGUUAUUCCCUGUUAGGGUGGUGAGGCACUGGAACAGGUUGCCCAAAGAAGUGGUAAAUGCCCCAUCCCUGGCACUGUUCAAGGCCAGGCUGGACUUGGGCAACAUGGUCUAGUGUGAAGGAGUCCCUGCCCAUGGCAGGGGGUUGGAACCUGCUGAUCUUAAGGUCUUUUCCAACCCAAACUGUUCUGUGAUUCUAUGAGGGGAGUCAUUUUCUGAGUAGAAUUAAAGGUUUUAAAUAGUAGAAACUUUUAAAUAUAAAUUAAGAAAAUAAACCUCACUGUACCAUUCUUCAAAAGGCUUGCAGAUAGCUAAGGACAGGGAGCUUGCAGAGCACCUUGGGGUGGAUGUGUGGGGUGUGGAUGUGUGUGCCUCUGUGUUUUCUAGUUUUCUUUGAUAAGGAGCUGUUUCUUUGGAGAAAACCAAUCUGCAAACCGUAGUGCUUACAAUGUGUAAGAAAUCCAUUGGUGUUGCUGUGUAAAGGUCCCAGUGAAGCUUACCUAGUAUAACUCUUUCCAUUCGCAAGAUCUCAGCUGGAGAGCGUUUGCAAGCACUCUGCACCGCGAGCAUCUUCACCGAUGGUAUUACCUGUAAAAAGAAAUCAUUGCAAAUAAUAAAGAAGCCAGUGUCCUA